GUUUAUCUAGGCUGUGGGGUCAGGAGUGGGGGGAGCAAGCAGCCAGCCUGUGUCCUCAAGCCUGGGGAUGGGGACCCCCAUCCACCGUCGCAAGGGGCUGUAGAGAGCCACCGUGAGUGCCUACGGGAAAUAAAGGCUCGCGCCCCGCCGCUCUGCACUGGAGCUCACCUGCCUCUCUGAGCCCUCAGGCAACUGGCUUGUUCCUCCCCCAGGAUGGACAUGUGGACGGUUCUGCUCAUCCUGCAAGCCUCGCUGGUGCUCCCCCGGGCUGCCGCUGCCGCCAGCACACCCACUCCCAUGCUGCGCUUCGUCGCUGUGGGUGACUGGGGAGGGGUCCCCAACGCCCCAUUCUACACAGCACGGGAAAUGGCCAAUGCCAAAGAGAUUGCCAGGACAGUGCAGAUCCUGGGCGCAGACUUCAUUCUGUCCCUGGGAGACAAUUUCUACUUCAGUGGUGUGCAGGAUGUCAACGACAAGCGGUUUCAGGAGACCUUCGAGGCUGUGUUCUCUGCCUCCCCGCUCCGCACCGUGCCCUGGUACGUGCUGGCUGGCAACCAUGACCAUCUGGGGAACGUCUCAGCACAGAUCGCCUACUCCAGGGUCUCCAAGCGCUGGAAGUUCCCCAGCCCUUACUACCGCCUGCGCUUCAAGAUCCCCCGGUCCAACGUGUCCGUGGCCAUCUUCAUGCUGGACACUGUGACCCUAUGCGGCAACUCUGACGACUUUGCCAGCCAGCAGCCCGAGAGGCCCCGCAACUUGGCGAUGGCCCGCACGCAGCUGGCCUGGCUCAAGAAGCAGCUGGCAGCGGCCAAGGAGGACUACGUGCUGGUGGCCGGCCACUACCCUGUGUGGUCUAUCGCCGAGCACGGGCCCACCCACUGCCUGGUCAAGCAGCUGCUGCCGCUGCUGACCGCGCACAAGGUCACCGCCUACCUGUGUGGCCACGACCACAACCUGCAGUACCUUCAGGAUGAGAACGGCUUGGGCUUCGUGUUGAGCGGGGCCGGGAACUUCAUGGACCCCUCAAAGAAGCACACGCGCAAAGUCCCCAGUGGCUACCUGCGCUUCCACUACGGGGCCGAGAACUCACUGGGUGGCUUCGCCUACGUAGAGAUCAGCCCCAAGGAGAUGAGCGUCACUUACAUUGAAGCCUCGGGCAAGUCCCUCUUCAAGACCAGGUUGCCGAGGCGAGCCAGGUCCGAGCAUCACCACCGCCGCGGGCUCCAUGCUGGGGCCUGAGUGAGACGGCGCCUCCCUGCCGGUGGGUGGGUGGGCCCCUCUGGGACACACACACACCCCCUCCCUACUCCCCCUGCCCAUGGGCAGGCUUUCUCAGGAGCCCGUGGUGUGAAGGCAGAGCAGGAAAGAGAAGGGCAGAUGAGGAACUUGUGACAUAGAUGCCCGUGUCUGAAAGAAACAUGGACACAUGUUUGGGCCAGAGUGCCAGGCCCCGUGACCGGGCUCGCCCAGCCUGAGUUCCGGGCAUUGAGGGGCAAGGAGGGAGGAAGGCAGAGCUUUCCCCUGGAUCAGGCAUCCUUCUGUCACUGCCGAAUAGACAAUAAAAGAAAAACUUGCAAAGGCUGAA